UGGGCGAAAUGUUACAGAGUCCGCUGAUCGGCGGUCAGCAGCAGUUUAGUUUGGACGUACGUGAUUUGAUAUGGCAAGAGCACAUGUUGGAUGCCAUUCCCGACCCCCUCUUUACCCUAGGCGGGUGGAGAGGUGUCGUAAACUAUGUGAGUAUGCAGCUCCCAGAGGCGAACCUAUGCUACAGUGCUCGACGAGGAUUUUACCAGUUCCCGCUGCCGCCGGCCAUCGGAGACAGCUACGUGUUCAGCUACGAGCGGUGGAUCAGUAAAAGGGAGGUCAGCUACGCCUCCAGAAGCAAGGUUGGGCGAAACCUCAGACCACCGGGCUGGAACAAGAUUGUGCUGCCAGUGUUCCACAAGAACCUGUACCGCGAACACAUUGUGACGGCUGGACGAUCGGCAAGCGAAGUGGAUGGCUACAGAAAAGACAACAAUAUUACCGUCGCUGGACGUGCCAUCCCAAAACCGAUUUUAAGCUUCGAAGAAGCCGGCUUUCCCGACAUCGUAACGCAAGUGUUUUUGGCCCAGGGCCUUGGCUCAUCACCGACAAGCGUCCAAUCCCAGUGCUGGCCCGUCAUUCGCAGCGGCAGAGACCUUCUUGCCGUCGUUCCGGUUAGUUCAGAGAACAAGUUAUGGCCUACGUCAUUCCGGCGGUCCGUCACGUCCACAGCCAAAAUUCUGUGCAACUCAGAGACGGACCUACAGUGCUCGUCUUAGCAUCGACGCGCGAGCUGGCCUUGCAGGUGCAGCAGACGUUCCGCCACUUCGAGAAGGAUUCGGGCGUUCGAACUGCAUGUCUUCUUCCGGGUGAGUCAAAGCAAGCGCAACUGACGCAGCUUGAGAAAGAGUGCGAGGUUUGGGUGACGACGCCAAGCCGCC